AUGGCACCAUCCUCCGGAGGCACGAUGAGUGGUUGGAAGCGAUGGAUGAGAAAGCAGCUGGGAGCCAUGAGGGCUCAUUUCGAGGAAAGAAGCGCCAUUUCCUACCCAAAGUGGCUUGGCCAAGUGAGAUUCGCGAAGGGGGGAAGCAAGAGAUUUCUCCGAGAUCUCUUGCAGCAGCCUGGCAGGCUUGUGGAGGCCUGGGCUGAAGUCGCUGAUCCGUCUGCAAUUAGGCAGUGGGCUGAGAUUUGGAAAGGUGUUGGGGUUCCUGGCAGCAUGCUCUGGACUGGAUCCUCGAGAUGGGGCCUUGGCUUCGCUGGCUGGCUCAGUGCUUGUGACAGCAGUAAUGAAUGGAGGGACAAUUGGCAGGCGUCAGGCCUUGCUGAAGAGAAGAGGCCAGACUCGUACUGGCAAACCAUGGCGGACUAUGGAGGCGAUGUGGACUUGGACAUGGAGGAUUGGUUUAAACAGCCUGAUGGGGCUUGGGCAGCUGGGGAAGGCGGCCAGAACCUCGUCACCAAUGAGCCGAUUCUCUUCAAGGACAUACAGAUCCCAGUGGGCGUGGCGGCAGCGCGGAGCGGCCAGUUCCUUUACCUGAAGGAGACGAUCACCCGGGCGGACAUUGCGUUCGGCGACCAGUGCCUCGAGGCCGAUUACCUGAUUCACGAUAAGUACAACAUGUUGCUCUUCGGUCAGCUUCCGAGGGGCUGGUUUGAGGGAUGGACAGUUUUGACUGCUCUACUCCCCACUGUGUGUUUUAGCUUUGAUCCACUCAAAGCCCAGAGAAUAGGAGAAGCAUCCAACCCUGGCCCUCUUGAUGAGGAAACCAGAAAACAAAUCCAAGAGAUGGUGCAAAAUACGGUUACGCAGUCUUUGCAGAUCGCUUUGGCGAGCAUCGAUUGGACUGCGAUAGUUGCCAAAGCUUUGCCCCACCAGGGAGUUUCGGGACGAGAUGGUUCAGCAACGCUUGCAUCUGGACAAGACAAACGACCUGCUGACAACGACGCUCCUUCACAGGCCAAAUCCAAGCGACGCAAGAAGAAACAGCAGGUUGAAACGACAGCUACGGGACAAACCCCUGCUGAACCUCCUGCUCGCCAAGUCUACGUCGCACCUGGCAAGGACAAAAACAAAGGCAAGGGGCAUGGCAAGGGUACCACGCUUAGUGAGGCGCACAAGGCAUUUGAGCCUGAAGAAGGGUGGCAGGUCGUCGCACGCAAGCAACCACAGGGCGAGUUUCAACUUCGAGCUCAGGAUUGGUCAGGACAACUGGUCAACUUUGAGUCCUUCGGCAAGUUUGUUGAUGACACCCCUACCGGUCAGUCGGUUGAAGCGGUUGUGUUUGCCAGUGCUGCUCAGAUCCAAUCCGUGCACUCCAUACUUCGAGGAGCCACGAAGCCUUAUAAGGUCACCACUGUCCAUCUCCCGGAGGAGGGCACUAAGACCGACACACAGAAGAUCCCCGGAAGGAUUGGCGACCGCCUAGUGUUUCGGCAAGCGCGUGUCGUGCAGUGUGUGUCCGAAGGCAACCUGGGGGCCGCUCCUCAUCCGAAGGGGAUAGGCAGCAAGGUUGUGAAAAUCAACCCUACCAAGAGCAUUGUUGCCUUCAUUAAGGCCGCCAAGCGUUUCUGUGACAAGCAGUUGUGGACCGAUUUUGAGAAGAACCCGGCUCGGGCCGCCCUAACCUGGAUCGCCUCACAUCAUGUUCAGGCCUUAGACACUUUCGGGUGGGUGCGUGAGAAAUCUAGGGACGGCGAGUUUGAGACUUUCUUUGGUUUGGCAAGAAUCCCUGAAGAGGACUUAACUUCUUUGAUGGCUGUAUCGGGUCGCAAUGGGGUUUUCCUCUCGACGCCUCGUGGAAUAGGCCCACCUUUUGCUGUUGAAUGGGUUGACAAGGCUCCUGGCGAUAAACCGCAAGCUUACCUAGAGAGAGUUGCAAACUUGUCCAGUAGCCUUGGGCUGAUCGUGUCCGGUGGCCGCCUUGGCUUCCGCAGACCCUUGGGAAACGGCGAGGCAACCCGUCGCGUGUGGCAGAUCACUGAUGUCCCAGCCUCAUGGGAUCAGCGAGCUGUUCAGCAGCUAUUGGCCGAGUCCCUUGAAGACCUCCAACUGCUCAGCCACCGCCGGCAGAAACAGCCACAACAAGUCCAGCAGCGACCUGUCCGUACUCUCACUGUUCCGGUCAUGCCUGCUGCUCCGGCCCCGGCAGUAGCUGCGAAGUCAGUUGAGCUCCCCGCUGAGUCCGGAGAACAACAGAAGCCUGAGUCUGCCCCGAAGAGACAGGCCCAGCAGGUACGACCUGUUCCCGAGGACCUCAAGUUGGUUGAGUGUCCCAAGGAUGGGAAUUGCAUGCUACAUGCUGUGCAGAAAGGUUUGGAAUUCCUUGGCGAACCACAGCCUGCCCACCCGCGAGUCAUCAGAGCCGAGCUUGUUACGCACAUGCUCAAGCAUGAACGAUACGAAAAAGAGUGGGAUGGUUUGGAUCCGCGCGGACAGAAGUCAGCCACGGAUUUCCAGCAAUAUAUGAGCAUGAUUGAAAAGAACGGCGUGUUCCUCGGGGAGGCAGAACUCAUUGCCUUAGCCAGGAUCUACAACGUCAAAAUCGUAGUGUGGCCGCAGGGCGUUGACUUCUCGCCUAUUGCUGUGCAUUGCAAAGCUCCUCGCACCUUAGUGCUCUGGUACACAGAUAAGCACAUCGACCUGCUUGUUCCAAAGGUGGGAGCCAAAUACCCGGACACUUACGCUAAGGUUACGCCCACCAGCCUCCAUACUGUCAGGUGGAAGCAUUUGACCGGGUUCCACAAUGGUGCUGGACUGAAUCAGAGCCAGAAGCGAUCUUUUGAGUACCUUGAAAGCCUCCCUGGUGCUCCGCACCAUUACCACUGGAAGUGCCCCGAGUGCGACAUCGGUAUGCGCAAGGCCUUCGGGAAGGCCCUCGCCCCUAGCACCGUGCGUGCUAUCUGUCGUAACCACCUCAAGAAAGCCCACCCUCACAUGCCCAAUGUGGAUUAUCAACGUGCACUUGGCAUCCAAUCCAGGUCCCAGACGAACCGUGUCAGAAAAGCCAAUGCUGCAAUUGCUGAGAAGUUUCGUGACCGCAUUGAGCUCAUAAAGAGGGGAAUGCAGCCUUUCACCUGGCCCAUCUUCCGCACAAGGAAGAAUAAGUCCAAGGCCGUCUCCAUGCAGCAGGCGUGGCGUUGCUCUAGGUGCAUGCGAUGCCUCUACAACUCAACCGACGCUAGCGCGCAUGGCCCUCACUGUGGGCGAGGCCUCCACUCCAACAAGCAAGCCAUCCGCAAGCUUGGCCUGGUGCGUGCCUGGUGCAAGCGUUAUCCUCUCAAGCAUGGCAUUGAGACCAGUGUUUUAGAGGCAACCUUUGACACUGCCUUGAAGGCCACGCUUGACCUCAUCAAUAACAAUCUUGCCGACCUGAUUUCGUUGCAGGAAAUUGAUGUGCAUGCCUUUGGAGCCGUGGCCUACACCAAGGAGUGGCGCAGGGCCGGUUUGAUACAAGUCUCCAUCCAAGACGCCUUGUACCCUUUGUUAGUGGUUGCCUCCUAUGGGUACCCAGGGGAUCAACAUGCCACGGAUGCCUUAGUCGAUGCCCUCGUGGCUUUUGCCAAAUCCUUUGGUGGACGUUUUGUCCUCUUUGGGGACUGGAAUGCCACUGACGAUGAAGGUGCUAUUGCUCGUCACGCAUGUGAGGGUUCACUGAACUGCUUGGACUCUGCUUUCCCUUUCGCUUUGCCGUGCACCAACCCUCGUCGUACGUGGACAGCUUGCUGGUCACAGGAAGCUUUUGAUAGAGCUUUGCAGUCGCAUGACCUGGAGAUGGCCUGGCGUCUCCUCUCUGAUACGGCUGAGCAAGCCCUGCAGGACCCUGACUCCCACUCCAACCACCAUGCUGUUCCUCGUUCUUCUGCCUUUGAGCCUCGUGGCUAUUCUGAAAUCCCGCACGCUAGGACUGCUACUUCUGGCCAGGAGUCCCGCGGCACGCAAGGUUUGCGCCGCUUGCGUAACCGUUUGGUCCAACUCUCCCAUGAUCCCUGCGAUCCGUGUUUACGCGCUAACAUAUCGGCCUCUCUGUGUGGCCUGCGCAAAUUAGUGCCAGAGUUGCCUCACAUGCCUUUGGCCCAGCUUGAGCACUUUGCUCAAUGUGUGCAGGACCUAUAUGAUAGCUACGUGACCUCUGAAAAGGAAGCCCGCAUCUUCCGUUGGAAAUGCAUGGUCCAAGAAUCCCCGAACAAGCAAGUCGCUUGGCUUCGUCGACGUGCGGAUCUCGCUUUGGAACUCCAAGCCAGGCCCCUGCCUGUCACGGACGUCGCAACUGCCAUUCACCCGAUUUCUGUGCUGAAAGAGCACGGCCCCAAGUGGGAGAAAUUGUGGACGUAUCCUGAAGAUGACCCUGUCAGGCUGGAUGACAUCAAUGACAUCUUGAAGGAUGUACCGGCGUGCCCUGCCUCUGAAAUCAUGCUUACCCUUGAGCCCCAGGACUUAGUUCGGCAAGCUAAGCACAUGUCUGGCAAGGCUCCGGGCCAUGAUAGCUGGAGCGCCGACGACCUUGCCCGCUUGCCUCUCAACUGGUGGGCUAAUUUAGCCCAAAUCUGGAACAGCAUUAUUGCUGGCGCUCCAGUACCUCUCACGUGGUCUCGCGCGCUAGUUGCUCUCAUCCCUAAAAAGGUGGUCAACACAAGACCGUUGGGCCUUUGCCCGAUCGUGUGGCGCAUCGGCGCACGUGCCAUCGUAGGCAAGCUGAGGCCUUGGAUUCAUCAGUGGAUCACGCCGUUGGCCUUUGGAGGCGCCCCGGGCACCUCGUGCGCCGACGCGCACUUACGCAUCACUGCGGCGAUUUUAAAGGGCGCCAAAGAAUUUAUCCAACAGGACCUCAAAAACUUCUUUGAUCACCUUUCUUUACCCGCAGUCCUCCCUGUGUUAGCCCAUUUAGGAGCUCCUCAUGCCCUAACCCACGUCCUGAAAAGUUUCUAUCGCUGUCCAACCCGCCUCUUCAAAGUUGGGCGCUUUGUGGCUGGGGGUUGGGUCGGGGUCUCUCGGGGUUUCGUACAGGGGUGCCCCUUUUCCCCAUUAGUCGCUCUAGCGGUCGGCCAUGCCUGGAGCCACCGCUCUUUGUCCCGCGAUGUCCGUGGUUUCAUUUUCGUCGACGACCGGCUUCUUUGGCCGCGUCCAGAAGCUUCGUGCCCUGUUGAAAGCACUGCAAUCGCUCUUGCGCGCUCCGACCAUUUUGAUAGCACUUUCAAAUUGCGUUGUGAGCGCGAUAAAUGUGCCUACGUCACUGUACCCGGACAGGGCCGACUGGGGGGCCUUGCUCAGGCACGUGGGUACCAAGAGCUUGCUCGUCUUGACUUCUUAGGCAUUGCGUUGGAUGUCGAGGCCCUUGAAGGUAGACCACUCAAACUCAUCCUCGACAAGGUCCUUUUCCGUGUGAGGUUCCUCAAGUGUCUUCCUAUCUCCUUGCACCGCAAAGUCAUUCUCAUUCGCAGCAUGGCCUUUUCGUGCUUCACGUGGUGUGCCGGUGUGGCUAUGCCUGAGCCACAAAUUCUUCGGUCUAUCCAACACGAGAUCUCUGCUCUCUUCCGUGGCGCUUUCAAACAGGAAGUCCCUUUCUUCCUUAUGCACGAGAUCCUGGGCUGGGAGUCGUCCCCUCAGUUUGCCUGUGAUUUUGCAGCGUUGCAAGUAGCAAACCGAUUCGCCGUCAGACGGCCCUCUUGGUACGAUGACCUUCCACUUGAUGAGGCUUUCGUUACCUGGCCUGACGUCAUGCCUGUUGCUCGCGACGCUGUACAUCGCUUGGGGUGGUCCAUUCUGCCCGGGGGUAGCGGGAUCACGCGGUGCGACGCUAAUGGUGUGCGUGUUUUCAAGUUUGGAUUCUCUAACAUAAGCGUCCUGAAGUCGUGGCUAACCGCUGCUUUUCGUGAUGAUGGCGUGUAUCAGUGUCGUCGGGUCCAACGGCGGGGUCAUCGUGACGAGGAGGCUUGUGCUCGUGGUCUGGACCUCCCUGCGCCCGCUACAGGCCACUCCUUCGACUUUGCUGCUCACCGGGCUGCUUUCUUCGGCUUGGGGACCUUGGCCCAAAAACGUGCCGCCGCUGCAUCGGGGGGUAGCUUUUGGUAUCAUAACCCUGUUAAGUGUCGUACUGUCACUCCAGAGGACCCUGCUGCUUCUUGUGCUUGUGGCAGCAAAUUCCCAUCACGCCCGCACCUCACUUGGACUUGCCCUGUCACUGCUUCUCUUAGACAGGGGCUCCCGCCCCCAACCGACCGUGCCAGCGAGAGGCUUUUUGCUCCCCCUCUGAAGCCUUUCCCGCCUGCCCCUUCCGGUCCAAACGCGGAUGUUUUCCGUGACGAGGUUGCUGCUGACCUCUACAGUGCCCUCACAACCACUGACGAGAUCCUUGUUGCGACCGAUGGCUCCUCGUUCGAGGACGUUGGCGGAUAUGCAAUCGUUAUCCGUGCGGGCACAGGAAUCCACUCUCACGCCUCUGGAAACGAUGAUGAAGACCAAUCUGCUUUUCGUUCCGAGGCUUGUGCCCUCCAAGUGCUUGCCAGUGCUCUUGCUGCCAUUGUGGGCAAAGUUGCUGGCAAUGUCACUGUGCUGGUGGAUUGCCAGAGUGCUCUACGCGCCAUCGAAAGUCCUUUGCGGAGUGCCCUUCCGCUUCUCUUUGAAGAAAUUGCCAAAAACUUCCUCGCCGCUAAGGAGUCUGGCCUCACCACUCGCUUUAUGUGGGUCCCUGCACACGACCGGCAUGACAAAUGGUCCCCAAAUUGGGGUUAUGAUGCCGCCUUGUGCAGGAACUUGAACAAGAUUGCCGAUGAACAGGCCGGUGCUGCCCAGAAACGCAGAUGGACUAGAUCUCUGCGCGCUGCCUGGCACAAGGAGCUUGCUACCGCCCGUGCUUGGUCUGCGAAGGCCAUUUGCAAUUCGGCUAAAGCAAGUGAGACCUAUAGGGAUUUCCUUCUAGAGUCCAAGUGUUCCGCCAAUGCCAACCCGCCAGCUGCCUCCAGAAAAGAUGCUGAGGAUCUCCGCCCGGGGGUUGCUGAUGUGGUGGGUGUGGGCUGA